AGUGAAGUGCAGUGCAAAAGAAGGUCUUUAGUUUCACCAAGAUCGGCAGAUCGCCAACAUCCGUCUGCCUCUCCUCUCCGGUGCCGGCGACUGACACACCACAGGGUCAUCUGCACACCAAUAGGGUCUGCGACAAUGUCUGGACAUUCAUUCUAACAGAUGCAACCUUCAAGAGCGCUGAGAUUCAAGAAACACCGAGCAAGGAGGGCAUACCGCAGAAAUGAUGAACAUAGUAACAACACUUCAGAAGGAUAGGUUCACACCAAGGUACUAUGUGGCUGCACUUACAGACAACAUGAGUCUUCAGAAGGCACAGGUCUAUGAACAAUCACUUAUUCAGAGCAACGGAACGAAGGCUGGCGAGAGCGCUCAUUUCAUGCAGAUAUAUCGUAGUCGUGAAGUGGGCCAGUCUUAUGUUACAUCCAUCGCAACAACAUUGCUAGCCACGCUGCAUGCUAUGUGGCUGGUGAUAAGAAUCAGACCACAAGUGAUAUUCUGCAACGGUCCAGGGACGUGCUUUCCUCUAUGCAUCUCGGCUUUCGUUCUGAAGGUGCUUGGCUUGGGAUGGUCAUCCAUUUUCUACAUUGAAAGCAUCGCAAGAGUGAAGAAACUGUCAUUGAGUGGUUUACUGCUGUACAAGCUACGGAUCGCUGACCAGUUCUUCGUGCAGUGGCCCCAGCUGCAGCAUGAGUAUCCUCGAGCGUGCUAUGCAGGUCGUUUGAUGUGAAGGCUUGGCCAAAUCUGGCUCUGUCAUGCAGUGUUUUCCAUCUCAGAGAUUCAGAAUACGGUGGCAAUCUAUGCACACUUUGACAAAUGCAAGU